CCUGACGCCCGCCGUCGCGACGCAUCAUCGUUACGGACGACGUCGAAGCUCUAGUCGGUCGCAGGAGACGAAAGUUUUGGUGCGUGUGGAUUUUUGGAGGAUUGUUUCGCGCUGAUAGAACAUUUUUUGGUGGCCGGUUUUUCGGUAUUCUUGCUGUUUGAGACAUGGUUUAUUUUUUGAAAGUGGUGUUGAUUUCGGUUUUUAUAUGGUGCUGCUGUCAUUGUCAGACGCUGAUUAGCGAGGAUGAAGAUCCUGAUGAGACAGUUGCCAUGACGUCAGUUGACGCGGUCCUUUCUAGGAGCGCCACUUUGCCCUGUGACAUCAACACGGACGUCAAGGAUGACCGGGUCUACAUGGUUCUCUGGUUCAGGGAUGGAUACAGUAAGCCGAUUUACAGUUACGAUGUAAGAGGUAGAUCGUUCAGCAAGGCAAGGCAGUGGUCAGACACAGAUGUUUUUGGACCGCGGGCCUACUUUGUCACAGUCUCGAAUUCAGCAGCCCUAACACUGGACGGUGUCCAGUUAGAAGACGAAGGAAUCUACAGAUGCAGGGUGGACUUCAAGACAUCUCCUACAAGGAACUUUGCUAUAAACUUAACUGUUAUAGUUCCCCCUCAUCAAUUAAUUUUAUAUGACGGUUCUGGAAGAGAUGUAUCGGACAUAGUAGGACCUCUGGAAGAAGGAUCCAGUCUUACCCUAACCUGUGAAGCUAGAGGAGGUAAGCCAAGUCCAACCGUAACAUGGUUUGUAAACGACCGUAUGGUAGAAGGUCGUGUGGAAGCCAUUGACGGUCACGUGAUGGUCAACAAAUUGGAAAUCAAAGAAGUGACCAGGGACAAGUUAAACUCGACGUUCAAGUGUCAGGCCAGCAACACCAAGCUAAUGAUGCCUUUUGAGAAGAUGGUUCGCUUGGAAUUACUGCUUCGCCCAUUAAGUGCAGUCAUACCAAUGAAACCAAGACAGCUAAUAGCAAACGAAGAAAUCACUAUUCAUUGUGAAGUCUCUGGAUCUAGACCAAAAGCCAUCAUUCACUGGACUAGGGAAAAUAGACCAUUCAGGAGAGGCAAGUUUCAUGAGGAGAAUUCAAACGACACUCUAGUGAGUUCGGUGUCCUUUUCUCCAGUCCCUGAGGAUGAUGGAACUAUUCUUAAAUGCAUAGGCGAAAAUCCCAAGCUGUCUGACGGAGGACAAGAAGAUUCCUUCAAGCUUAACGUUGUCUAUCCUCCUCAAGUUGUUCUCCAUUUAGGCAGUACCCUCAAUCCUGGUGAUAUUAAAGAAGGCGAUGACGUAUAUUUCGAAUGUAACAUCAAGGCCAAUCCCAAACAAUACAAGAUUACAUGGUACCACGAUGGUGUGCUGGUUAGUCAGAACGUAUCAUCGGGGAUAAUAAUCAGCACGAAUAGUUUGGUUCUACAAAGCGUUACUAGGUGGCACAGUGGGGCAUAUACGUGUCUUGCUGUGAAUCCUCGAGGAGAGACGCUGAGUGACCCUGUCAAUCUGAAAGUCCGAUUCGCACCUGUAUGUAAUAAAGAAACCGAAGUGACAAUAAUAGGAGCAUCCUUAGACGAAAUACUUAAAGUUCGAUGUCAAGUAGCUGCAGAUCCAACAGACGUGACAUUUCUUUGGCAGUUCAACAACAGCGGUGAGAGUUUUGACGUCCAUCCGCCACGGUUUGCGACGUCUAGCGGGAACAUCAGUGAACUGACUUACACAGCCAAAUCACAGAGAGACUAUGGUACACUUACUUGUUGGGGUUCCAAUUCCAUAGGGAAGCAAGUGGAACCUUGCAUAUUCCAGAUUGUUCCGGCCUCAAAACCCUCACCAUUAUCCAAUUGUACAUUGAAAAGUGUUAACAAUCUCACCAUAGAAAUUGUUGAAGUCGAAUGCAAAUCAGGCUAUGAUGGAGGACUGCCUCAAAAAUUUGUUCUAGAAGCAUUCGAUGCUCACACCAUGAGGCUGAGGAUAAACCAAACUGUUGGUGAUUCAGAAAACCCUUUAUUUCGCUUGGAUCUUGGGGAGUUAUUGCCAUCACCACCAUCGCUCAGAAUAGUUGUUUAUGCUGUGAAUGCUAAAGGAAAGAGUGAGAAAUUAGUUCUGGACGAUAUCAUGUUAAAUGAUGCAGAAAAACGAACAGAUGGAAAUAGCAACAUGAGUUUGGUGCCAUUAGCUGGUUUACUAACGGGUUCAUUGCUCACCCUGGGUAUAGCAGUACUGGUUAUAGUAGUGAUAGCUGUGAGGAGAAAACGACACUGCAAUGGAGCCAAUCACUGUCCCCAUCACAUCACGCUGGACGUGUCGAAAACCAACACUAAAUCUAGGCAGGGCUCUAUGCUCGAAAUUAAUACAGGUGACAAUCGGUAUGUUGUGGCAUACACUCUGAAGCCUGCAGCAGACUGUUCCCCAUCUUACCAGUCGCAGGACAACAUUACCGGUUCAUCCGAUUCAAAAAGACAACCGGACAUCCUGAACACACCCAGAGUAACAAAACUUGAAAUAGGUGAGGAUCGGCAGAAUUCCACCACGCCUCCAGAAUUACCCAGACCCAACGAUCUGUUCACUCAGUCGCCCAAUCAAAUUAGCAUAGCUUCACCAACGGCGUUUCCAGACCUACAAUCCACCUCAAACUACGAUAUAAACAGCACGCUAGGAAGAACCAGGACAAGACCUAGAGACAUGUCAUACGGUUCCUUCGCCACCAUGAGGAGAGAACAGCACAUCAUAACCGACACUAUACCGGGUCCUGAGAGUUGUGUCUAA